CCGGAGCCCCGGCCACGAAGGGGUGCGACCCCCACCGGCCCCGCCCUCCCGGCUGCAGCCCGGCCAAUCAGAGUGGCUUUUACUGGCGAGCGGGCCGAGCCGGCCCAGCUGCUCUGAGGCUCUGGCAUGUCGGUUCCCGAUUCUGGUCCCCGGCCCCCAGCAGCGCCUGCCCCCUUCCCACCGGGGCCCCCCAUGAUGCCACCACCCUUCAUGCCCCCGCCGGGGAUCCCCCCUCCCUUUCCUCCAAUGGGGCUUCCCCCUAUGAGUCAGAGACCGCCAGCCAUCCCCCCCAUGCCACCUGGCAUCCUGCCCCCAAUGCUUCCACCAAUGGGGGCACCACCACCGCUCACACAGAUACCAGGAAUGGUACCUCCAAUGAUGCCAGGAAUGCUGAUGCCAGCAGUGCCCGUCACUGCAGCGACGGCUCCGGGUGCGGACACCGCCAGCUCUGCAGUGGCUGGGACAGGCCCUCCGAGGGCCCUAUGGAGUGAGCAUGUGGCCCCUGAUGGGCGCAUCUACUACUACAAUGCUGACGACAAGCAGUCCGUGUGGGAGAAGCCCAGCGUGCUCAAGUCCAAGGCGGAGCUGCUGCUGUCUCAGUGUCCCUGGAAAGAGUAUAAAUCAGACACGGGAAAGCCUUACUACUACAACAACCAGAGUCAGGAGUCUCGCUGGACACGGCCCAAGGACCUGGAUGACCUAGAGGCUCUAGUCAAACAAGAGGCUGUAGGGAAACAGCAGCCACAGCCACUACAGCCACAGCCACCUCAGCCUCAGCCUGACCCCCCGCCUAUACCUCCUGGUCCCAUGCCAGUACCCACGGGCCUCCUGGAACCGGAACCAGGUCGAAGUGAAGAUUGUAAUGUGUUGGAGGCUGCCCAGCCCCUGGAGCAGGGGUUCUUGCAGCCAGAGGAGGGUCCCAGCAGUUCUGUUGGACAUCAGCUACCACAGCAGGAAGAGGGGGAAUCCAAGCCAGAACCAGAGCGGUCCGGCCUCAGUUGGAGCAACCGGGAGAAGGCAAAGCAGGCGUUCAAGGAGCUGCUAAGGGACAAGGCUGUCCCAUCCAAUGCAUCAUGGGAACAGGCCAUGAAGAUGGUGGUCACUGAUCCUCGUUAUAGUGCCUUGCCCAAAUUGAGUGAGAAGAAGCAGGCAUUCAAUGCUUACAAGGCACAGCGGGAGAAGGAGGAGAAGGAGGAGGCCCGGCUGAGGGCCAAGGAGGCCAAGCAGACUCUGCAGCAUUUCCUGGAGCAGCAUGAACGCAUGACUUCUACCACCCGUUACCGGCGGGCAGAACAGACUUUUGGGGAGCUGGAGGUCUGGGCUAUGGUCCCUGAGAGGGACCGAAAAGAGGUUUAUGAUGAUGUCCUCUUCUUCCUGGCCAAGAAGGAGAAGGAACAGGCCAAGCAGCUCCGGCGCCGCAACAUCCAGGCCCUGAAAAGCAUCCUGGAUGGGAUGAGUAGUGUCAACUUCCAAACCACAUGGUCCCAGGCCCAGCAGUACCUCAUGGAUAAUCCCAGUUUUGCUCAGGAUCAGCAGCUGCAGAAUAUGGACAAGGAAGAUGCACUGAUCUGCUUUGAGGAGCACAUCCGAGCUUUGGAGAGAGAAGAGGAAGAAGAGCGGGAACGAGCCCGGCUUCGGGAACGGCGCCAGCAGCGCAAGAACCGGGAGGCCUUCCAGACCUUCCUGGAUGAGCUACAUGAGACAGGGCAGCUGCACUCCAUGUCCACCUGGAUGGAGCUGUACCCAGCAGUCAGCACUGAUGUCCGCUUUGCCAACAUGCUGGGCCAGCCGGGCUCCACCCCUCUGGACUUGUUCAAAUUCUAUGUGGAGGAGUUGAAGGCACGAUUCCAUGAUGAGAAGAAGAUCAUUAAGGACAUUCUGAAGGACCGGGGCUUCUGUGUGGAGGUGAACACAGCCUUUGAGGACUUCGCCCACGUCAUAAGCUUUGACAAGAGGGCUGCUGCGCUGGACGCAGGCAACAUCAAGCUGACCUUCAAUAGUCUGCUGGAGAAAGCAGAGGCACGGGAGAGGGAACGGGAAAAGGAAGAGACACGAAGGAUGCGGCGCAGGGAAGCUGCCUUUCGAAGCAUGCUGAGGCAGGCCGUGCCUGCUCUGGAGCUGGGCACUGCGUGGGAAGAGGUCCGUGAGCGCUUUGUGUGCGACUCAGCCUUUGAGCAGAUCACCCUGGAGUCGGAGCGGAUCCGGCUCUUCCGGGAGUUCAUGCAGGUGCUGGAGCAGACUGAAUGCCAGCACCUCCACACCAAAGGUCGAAAGCACAGCAGGAAGGGCAAGAAGCACCAUCGCAAGCAUUCCCACUCACCCUCAGGCUCCGAGUCGGAAGAGGAGGAGCUGCCCCAACCAUCCCUCCGGCCCCCCAAGCGGAGGCGGCGGAACCCCUCAGAGUCUGGCUCUGAGCCCUCAUCCUCACUUGAUUCAGUCGAAAGUGGGGGUGCUGCCCUUGGAGGACGGAGCUCUCCCUCUUCCCACCUUCUCCUUGGAUCAGGGAUUUUUCCUUCUCCAGAUCAUGGCCUUCGGAAAGCCAAGAAGCCAAAAAAGAAAACUAAGAAGAGAAGACACAAAUCAAACAGUCCUGAAAGCGAGACAGACCCUGAUGAGAAAGCUGGCAAGGAGAGUGAAGACAGAGAACAAGAACAGGACAAGGACAGGGAAUUCCGGCAGGCAGAGCUCCCUAACCGCUCUCCAGGCUUUAGAGUAAAGAAGGAGAAGGUAAGCCAUGCCUUUGCUCAACAGACAGGCUGGGACACAUCAGAAAGCGAACUGAGUGAGGGGGAGCUGGAGAGGCGGCGACGGACACUCCUACAGCAGCUGGAUGACCAUCAGUGACCCCACAAGCUACUUUCUGCCUUGAGACUGGGGGAGGAGGUGGCUCUGGGGUCACCCUCACCAUCUGCCUCAAACUCCGUAUGUUUGGUCUAUGUCUACUUUUCCUAAACUCCACCCUCAGCACACCACUGUUGACACCUUUCAAGGUUGUUCUUGGUGUUCAAGGGUUCCCCAGUUCUUGGACUAGUGGAGUCCUUGUCCUCAGCCCCAGACCAGAGAUGGACAGUCCAUGCCAUGUGGGGUGGGUGAUACCAGUAGAUAAAGUAUGAGAAGGGGGUCUUUAAGGAAGAGAGAGACUGGUGGGCAUAGCCUGGGUGGCAGAGGACAGGACUCUCACCCUCUAGCAUCAGUGCCUGCUCUUGCCUGCCCUGGUCCUGAGGCUUCACCACUGCUUCCUCUCCAGCCCUGGGACCUGAUGUAUGUGUGUGUUUGUUUUUCUAAAUAACAAUAUUUAUAACAUG